GGCGGGGCCCGGCCCGCGGCGGCGGCAAAGGGGCGGAGGGGUUCGCUGCCAGCAGUUUGCCAAGCUGCUGCGGUCUUGGCGGGAUGGUAUAGCCGGGCCUGAGGGCGGGCGGCGGGGCGCGGGCUGGGGCGAGGUGGCCGGGAAAGGCCGACGCCGCCUGACUGGCUUGGGUGCAGCGGCAGCAAGCUGAGGGGGCGUCGCCGCCACCGGCCCCCGGCGCCGCCGCGGGAGGCCGCGCCCGCCAUGGCGGCCCAGGCGGUGCUGGACGAGUUCACGGCGCCAGCCGAGAAGGCGGAGCUGCUGGAGCAGAGCCGCAGCCGUAUCGAGGGCCUGUUUGGCGUGAGCCUGGCCGUGCUCGGCGCUCUGGGGGCUGAGGAGCCGCUGCCCGCGCGCAUCUGGCUGCAGCUCUGCGGGGCGCAGGAGGCGGUGCACAGCGCCAAGGAAUAUAUUAAAGGAAUCUGUGAACCUGAACUAGAAGAAAGAGAAUGUUACCCCAAGGACAUGCACUGCAUUUUUGUUGGGGCAGAGAGCCUGUUUCUGAAAAGCUUGAUUCAGGAUACUUGUGCUGACCUCUGCAUUCUGGACAUUGGCCUUCUUGGCAUCAGAGGAAGUGCUGAGGCCGUGGUCAUGGCUAGGAGUCACAUUCAACAAUUUGUAAAGCUCUUUGAAAAUAAAGAGAACCUACCCAGUAGUCAGAAAGAAUCAGAGGUGAAAAGGGAAUUCAAACAAUUUGUUGAAGCCCAUGCAGACAAUUACACAAUGGAUUUGUUGAUUUUGCCUACUUCCUUGAAAAAAGAACUUUUGACACUCACACAAGGUGAGGAGCAUCUCUUUGAAACAGGAAAUGAUGAUGUUACUGAAAUUAGAGAUUCUCAACAAACAGAGUUUACACAGAAUGCUGCCACAGGGCUGAAUAUUUCCAGAGAUGAAACUGUUCUGCAGGAAGAGGCAAGAAAUAAAGCUGGGACUCCUGUUUCUGAGCUUACAAAACAAAUGGACACAGUCCUUUCUAGCUCACCAGGUAUACUUUUUGAUCCAAUAAAUGGUCUAACCCCAGAUGAAGAGGCACUUUCCAAUGAGAGAAUUUGUCAGAAAAGGAGAUUUUCUGAUUCUGAAGAAAGGCAUACAAAGAAGCAGUUUUCUUUGGAAAAUGUUCAGGAGGGGGAGAUUUUACAUGAUGCUAAGACAUUGGCUGGAAAUGUCAUAGCUGACCUAUCUGAUUCUUCUACUGAUUCUGAAAAUUUAAGUCCAGAUAUAAAAGAAACUACUGAGGAAAUGGAAUACAAUAUCCUCGUGAACUUUUUUAAAACCAUGGGCUACUCCCAAGAAAUUGUUGAAAAGGUCAUUAAGGUGUAUGGACCAUCUACUGAACCAUUAUUGCUCUUAGAGGAAAUUGAAAAAGAAAAUAAAAGAUUCCAAGAAGACAGAGAAUUUUCAGCUGGUACAACGUAUCCAGAGACCAACAAAACCAAAAAUAAAGGUGUUUAUAGCAGCACAAAUGAGCUUACAACUGAUUCCACUCCAAAGAAAACACAGGCUCACACACAGCAAAAUAUGGUAGAAAAAUUUUCCCAGUUACCAUUCAAAGUGGAAGCUAAACCAUGUACCUCAAAUUGCAGAAUUAAUACUUUCAGAACAGUGCCAAUAGAACAGAAACAUGAAGUCUGGGGUUCAAACCAGAACUACAUUUGUAACGCAGACCCUGAAACUGAUGGCCUUUCACCUUCUGUUGCCUCUCCAAGUCCCAAAGAAGUCAAUUUUGUUUCAAGGGGAGCUCCAAGUCACCAGCCCAGAGUUCCACUUUUUCCUGAAAAUGGUUUACACCAGCAGCCAGAACCCUUGCUUCCAAAUAAUAUGAAAUCUGCCUGUGAAAAACGUUUAGGAUGUUGUAGUUCUCCUCAUUCUAAGCCAAAUUGCUCAGCCCUUUCUCCAUCAACACCACUGCCCCAGCUGUUACCUUCAGUUACUGAUGCAAGGUCGGCAGGACCUUCUGAUCAUAUUGAUUCCUCAGUUACUGGGGUUCAAAGGUUUCGAGAUACUCUGAAAGUACCCUACAAGCUGGAAUUAAAAAAUGAACCAGGGAGAAUGGAUUUGAAACACAUUGUUAUAGAUGGGAGCAAUGUUGCAAUUACCCAUGGUCUGAAAAAGUUCUUUUCUUGUCGCGGAAUUGCAAUUGCAGUUGAAUAUUUUUGGAAGCUUGGCAACAGAAACAUCACUGUAUUUGUCCCUCAGUGGAGAACAAGGCGUGAUCCUAAUGUCACAGAACAGCACUUCUUAACCCAGCUCCAGGAGCUCGGAAUAUUAUCUUUAACUCCUGCCCGGAUGGUCUUUGGAGAAAGAAUUGCUUCUCAUGAUGACAGGUUUCUACUACACUUAGCAGACAAAACUGGUGGCAUAAUUGUGACAAAUGAUAAUUUCAGAGAAUUUGUGAAUGAGUCAGUCUCUUGGAGAGAAAUUAUUACAAAAAGGCUGCUGCAGUACACGUUCGUGGGGGACAUAUUUAUGGUUCCUGAUGAUCCUCUGGGAAGAAGUGGACCUCGAUUAGAGGAGUUUCUUCAGAAGGAAGUCUGUCUUAGAGAUAUGCAGCCCCUACUCAGUGCCCUGCCAAAUGUGGGCAUGUUUGACCCCAGCUUCAGAGUCCCUGGCAGCCAGGCAGCCAGCACCAGCCACCAGCCUCCAACCCGGAUUCAGGGAGCCCCUUCAAGCCACUGGCUCCCUCAGCAGCCCCACUUCCCACUGCUGCCAGCCCUCCCCAGUCUCCAGCAGAACCUGCCCAUGCCAGCUCAGAGAUCUUCUGCAGAAACCAACGAGCUGAGGGAAGCCCUUCUGAAGAUCUUCCCUGACUCAGAGCAAAGACUGAAAAUAGACCAGAUCUUGGUGGCCCACCCAUACAUGAAAGAUCUAAACGCACUCUCUGCCAUGGUGUUGGAUUGAAGAUUGUGCUGAGCGCUGAGCUUGCACUCAGGGCAGGCUGAUCAAAUUCAAGCUCACACCUGUAUCUGAUGGGAAUGAACAUAAUGUGAAGAAACUUAUUUCCCAGUGUAAACGCAGUUGUAUAGAAAAAAAAUGUUUUGUGUAUAAAUCUGGGUUUUCAAAACCAGCUUUUUUCUAUAUAUAAAUUAUGCUGCUAUUACAGAUUUAACAUUUUCUGUUAAAGGAAAGUCUACAUUUUCUGCCUGUUCAGAACUGUUUAAUAGCAGUUACUCUUGAGUGUAUUUACCUUUUUAUGUUUUUUAAACUAUUUUCCUUAAAGCCGAAAAUAUUGACAAAUGGUUAUGGUUAGCCUUUAUAAAUAAAUAAAGAGUUGCUUUCUUAAGGAAAGCAAGACCUCUUAAAGUAUA